AUGAGGCGCGGGUUCCCCCGAUUCCCCUCCUUUCCCCAGUUCAUUCCCCUCCAUUCCCCCCCUGAUUCCCCUCCUUUCCCCCCUUGCAUCCCCUCCUUUCCCCCCUUGCUUCCCCUCCUUCCCCCCCCUGAUUCCCCUCCUUUCCCCCCUUCCUUCGCCUCCUUUCCCCCCUUGCUUCCCCUCCUUUCCCCCCUUGCGUCCCCUCCUUUCCCCCCCUGCUUCCCCCCCUUUCCCACCCUGCUUCCCCUCCCUUCCCCCCUUGCGUCCCCUCCUUUUUUCUCCUUCUUCCCCUCCUUUUCCCCCUUCCUUCGCCUCCUUUUCCCCCUUUCUUCCCCUCCUUUCCCCCCCUGCUUCCUCUCCUUUCCCCCCCUGCUUCCCCUCCUUUGCCCCCUUGCUUCCCCUCCUUUCCACCCCUGCUUUCCCUCCUUUCCCCCCCUGAUUCCCCUCCUUUCCCCCCUUCGCCUCCUUUCCCCAUUUGCUUCCCCUCCUUCCCCCCCCUGCUCCCCCUCCUUUCCCCCCUUGCUUCCCCUCCUUUCCCCCCCUGCUUCCCCUCCUUUUCCCCCCUGCUUCCCCUCCUUUUCCCCCCUGCUUCCCCUCUUUUCUCCCUCUCCUUUCCUUCAUUUUCCCCUGCUGCUUGCCCCUGUUCCUCUCCUCCCUUCCCUCUCCUCCCUUGUCCAACCCCCUCCCUCCCCUCUCCUCCCUCGUCCAAUCUCCUCCCCUCCCUCUCCCAUCUUCCCUAUCCCCCCGAAUCCUUCUCUCCCCUUUUCUCCUCCACCCCCUCUUCCUAUCUCCUCCUCCUCUUCCCCCUCUCCUAUCCCCUCGUUUACCCCCCUGCUAGCCCCUUGCUUCUCCCAUACUAGCCCCAUCCCCUUGUUCCCUCCCUCGUCUAAUCUCCUCUCUUGCUCUCUUCCUCUCUUCCGCACUUCCCCCCUUCCUCUCCGUCCCGCCUUUCCUCCCUUGCUUCCCCUCAUUUACUUUACCCCCUUUCUUCCCCUCAUUCCCCCCCCUGCUUCCCCCGCAUUUCCUCCCGUGCUUCCCCUCAUUCCCCCCCCUGCUUCCCCUCAUUCUCCCCCCUGCGGUCCAUUACGGUCCCCCCUUCCUUACUCUUCCUUUCCUCGUGCUCGCCAUCCUCCCCCCUGCUCACCCCUCCUUCCCCUCCAGUUUACCCCCUGUUUCUCCUCUCCUUUCUGGUUUUUUUAG